AAACCAAGUGAAACGUUAAACGCCUCUAAUUUCAUCCUUAAGAAAUUUGAAUGAAUUCAGAACCAAAUUCUUCUUCCUUCAUUCGUUAAAUCUUCUUGUCUUCAAUAAUAAUUCCUAAAACCAAACACGUUUCGCUGAUCGCAUUCUCCUGAGAAAUAUUUUAUUCCGAUCAGAAAUUCAAUUCAAUUCAAUCCAAUCCAAUCAUACCUGAAACUCCCAAUGGAUUCUAUUGAUAAUGUUGAUUGAUUUUAGGAAGGGAAAGGGGAUACGAGUUUUGAAUUUUGAUUGAUUACCACCGGUGAAGAUGAGUUCUCGUCAUGGAAGUUCAUCACGGAGAAGUAUGCCAUCGUCAUCUCCAUCCUCGACUUCAUCUCCCAGGAAGAAGAAACUCUUCACCAAAUCUCGUUCCACCGUGGGCGUAACAGGAGAACGUACAGUGAAGCGGUUGCACCUAUCGAGGGCUGUGACUGUACCUGAAACCACAACUAUUUAUGAAGCCUGCUGUCGGAUGGCUGCUAAAAGAGUUGACGCUGUUUUACUAAUCGACUCAAAUGCACAUCUUAGCGGUAUAUUGACAGACAAGGAUAUUGCAGCACGAGUUAUUGCUCACGAGAUUGAUUUUAUGAACACGCCUGCAUCAAAGGUAAUGACGAAGAACCCGAUUUACGUGCAGUCGGAUACUCUUGCUGUGGAAGCCCUGCAAAAGAUGGUGCAAGGACAAUUUAGACACUUGCCUGUGGUAGAGAACGGUGAGGUUAUUGCUUUACUUGAUAUAGCAAAGUGUAUACAUGAAGCAAUUGCGCGUAUGGAACGGACAGCUGAAAAGGGAAAUUCCAUAGCAGCUGCUGUUGAAGGUCCCAAUACGUUCAUCGAAACGCUUAGAGAGCGGAUGUUUAAGCCUACCUUGUCUACCAUUAUACCGGAGAAUUCAAAGAUUGUGACUGUUUCCCCAUUCGACACGGUUGUUAUGGCAACAAAAAAGAUGCUCGAGUUUCGUAGUAGCUCUGCCAUUGUAACAGUUGAUAACAAGCCACGAGGGAUUCUAACCUCAAAUGAUAUCUUAACAAGGGUGAUCGCACAAGAUCUUCCUGCUGAAUCAACCUUGGUAGAGAAGAUAUUGACUCCAAAUCCCGAAUGUGCCACUACCGAUACACCUAUCGUUGAUGCCCUGCAUACUAUGCAUGACGGAAAAUUUUUACAUCUUCCGGUUGUUGAUAGAGAUGGUUUUAUUGUUUCCAUUGUUGAUGUACUCCACAUCACCAAUGCUGCAAUAGCCACCGUGGGAAAUGCUACGGGUGGUAACAACGAGGGGGGGAGUUCAAUGAUGCAGGCGUUUUGGGACUCUGCAAUGGCGUUAAAUCCUAUAGAAGAUGAAGAUGAAACGAGAAGUGAGUGUUCCUUGAAACUGGCUUAUGAAAGUGGCGAAACCGGAAAAUCUCUUGCGAAUCCUUCAAACGAGAAUCCUAAUUCAUUUGCUUUCAAAAUUCAAGAUAAGAGGGGUCGUAUGCAUAGAUUUAUCAGUGAUUCUCAUAGUUUGGCGGAUCUUACAACGGCAAUAAUUCAGAGACUAGGGGGUGAGAUCAACCGCUACCACCUCCCACAAAUUCUGUAUGAAGACGAAGACCAGGAUAAAGUCGUAAUUUCAUCAGACAAUGAUCUUACUGCAGCUGUGGAACAUGCACGAUUAGCUGGUUGGAAGGUACUAAAGUUGCAUUUGGAUGAUUCUGGGACGAUUCAUAGUCAACAUGUGUCAAGAUCAUCGGCACGUGCUAUGGAGGUUCGUCAAGCCGAUGCAUGGGGUUCUGCAUACGGUGCUGCUGCAGCCGGAGCUGCCAUAGUAGCUGGAAUAGGCAUGCUAGUCUUCCUAAGACGGUCCGGUAAUUGAGAUUAGUUUUGGGUAAUCACUAAUGCUUUAAACUGUUGUGAAGAUUAUUAUGAUUUUUGAGAUGGGUCAAAAUGAAGUUGGUUGAAGGGACAAUUUAGUAAUUUUGUUUAUUGUCCAACUUUGUGGAUCAACAUGUAUAUAUAUACAAGAAAAAAAGAGUAAACAAAAAUUUAAAUUCUUUGAGGCUCUUUUUUACCA